CUCCAGCGCGUGGUACAGUUAGAUCGAUCGUGGCUUGGUCGUGGACAGGGCGUCGGAGUCAUCGCCCGUGAUUCACGCUCUUGUCGAGGGAGUUUUCCUGUUGAUUGCCGGUUAUCGAGUCGUAUAAUAGUCCAGCAAGGUGCUUCCUUGUUUUGGCGCGUUGCAGCACCGCGAUGGUGUGCGUGGUGUAGCUUGUGUUAUGGAACUGUCGGCUCUCGCCCGCCUCCUGCGGUCGGGAGACAGAGUGCGAGUGGCGACAUGUUCUCUGCUCUAGCGUAUCAGUUGUCCACCACAUUCCUGGAGGAGUGUGACAAGAAGAGCCCUCAGAAGUCCUCGGAAGCCGCCAAGUUCACGGACUACUUCGGUGUUUACGACAACAUGGGAGCUUGCGCCUCCAAAUGCGGGGCUUCCCGUUUCCGGCGGCCGGUCCCCGCCAAGAUGUCAAAGAAACCGGCGCCCGCGCCGACCUUGCACAAGGUCAUCAUGGUGGGCUCGGGUGGCGUGGGCAAGUCCGCCCUCACCCUCCAGUUCAUGUAUGACGAGUUCGUCGAAGACUAUGAGCCUACCAAAGCCGACAGCUAUAGGAAAAAGGUUGUCCUGGACGGCGAAGAAGUCCAGAUCGACAUCCUAGACACAGCCGGCCAGGAGGACUACGCAGCCAUCCGAGACAACUAUUUCCGGUCCGGGGAGGGUUUCCUCUGCGUCUUCUCCAUCACUGAGCCUGAGAGUUUUGAUGCCACUCAAGAGUUCAGGGAGCAAAUCCUACGCGUAAAGAACGCUGAGAACAUUCCCUUCCUGCUCGUCGGCAACAAGUCGGACCUGGCGGAGAAACGGCGCGUGCCGCUCGACGCCUGCCGCGAGCGCGCUGCCGCCUGGCAGGUGCCCUACGUCGAGACCUCGGCCAAGACCAGGGACAACGUCGACAAGGUGUUCUUCGACCUGAUGCGCGAGAUCCGCUCGCGCAAGUGCGACGACUCGCGCGCCGCCGGCGACGAGGUGAAGAAGAAGCGGAGGAGGAUCAAGUGCGCCAUCCUCUAAGGGCUGCGGCCGGGCCGGCGGGCGGCGGUACCUGACGGCGGCACGUUUGGUAUACAUAUUUGGCGCCCAAAGUAUUCAUUCGUGUACAGUCAAAUGUAUCGGAGCUGUCGAGGCGCUCAAAAAUGGUGUUCAGAUAUUUGUAAGCACCGUGGCCGCUCCGAUACAUCUGAUGGAGACUAUAGUUCUAAAGUCACUUAUAAUAUUUGCUCGCAAUACGACGCAGAAUGUAUGACAUGAUUUUUGGAAUAUGGUGGUGUUCAAUAAUUUUACGCGCUUUGUUAAUGCAAGAUAUUAAUGCAGACGUUAACUUUUAGGUAUUUCAAAAGGCUAAACUGAUUGAAUCAUAUCGUUUAUCCUAUGAUUAGAUAUUGAUUUGCAAAUGUUUGUUGUAUUUUUAUGUUUGAUACAUUAAAAUUAAGAUUUGAAUCGUAUUCUAUCCGUGGAAUUACUGGAAUUAUUCAAAGGUUGAAAAACCGAGAAGUGGUUUUAUUUACCUUCUUGAAAUAUCUAAAAUGAUUAUUAGCACACAAGAAAAAAAAUUCUCCUGAAAGUUGUUUAAUCUAAACUAACUAAAAAACUAUUGUACACAGUUAUAAUAGUAUCAUACAUAGGUCCUAAAGUCCAUAUAUUAUACCAAGCGUGGAACGACCGAUGCGUUUUUCGUCUAAGUUUAUCAGUAGAACGUUCGGUAUAUAAAAGCAACACAACUGGCCAUUUAUAAACCUUCCUUAUGUAUUUGCAAUAGGUUUCAAAUGGUCAAUCAAACAGUGCAGACGAUGGCAUCAAUAGAGUUUAAUACGAAAGUGGAAGACUGGUGCGGAAUCGUCUUUUCAAACAAAUGUAGCCAUCAUUUCCGAUGCCGAUGGUCCCGAGGACGACCGGUCUGGCCUCGUGGGUAGUGACCCUGCCUAUGAAGCCGAUGGUCCCGGGUUCAAAUCCUGGUAAGGGCAUUUAUUCGUGUGAGGAGCAUGGAUAUUUGGUCCUGAGUCAUGGGUGUUUUCUAUGUAUUUAAGUAUUUAUAAAAUAUAAGUACCCUCAACACAAGCCUUAUUGAGCUUACUGUGGGACUUAGACAAUUCGUGUAAUAAUGUCCUAUAAUAUUUAUUUAUUUAUUUAUUUCCUCUUUAGAUAUUAACAUUAUUGAAUAUAUUUCGGCACAAUUCGAUGUAUAUCAACCACAACUAUGCCCCUACGUUUCUUUUUUUUUUCAUAUUAUUAUUAUAAGAGUUAGGAGCAUUUAAAAUAUGAAUGAAAUCUGUUUUUCGCUCCUAAUUUUUACAAUAAUAAAAAAAUCGAUAAAAAAUCAGACAUAGCUAUGGUUAAUAAACAUCAAAUUCUGUAAAAAAAAAAACAUAAUGUCAAUUUCUAGAGAGGAAAAUGGGGACUACGUUUGUAUAGAGAAGCGGCCGUCGCCUUUCCUCUUAGUAUGACCUCUAUUAGUGCCAAUACAGUCCCAAAUCCCCGACUGAGCUGUGUCUGGUAUCGCUUCGUGUCCACAAAUAGUUGUGAAUGCAUAUUUGUACUUUUGCAUUGACAUAAUGUUUGUAAGGUUCUACAUACUUACCAAAUGUACGGGAAUAGAUGAAAGUUGUGGAACUGUUUGUUGUGAAUAGUGAUUGUUCGGAGUAGGUUUGGUGUAAGUGUGAUUCGUUGGACAUUUGGUUCUUCCCGCCGUCACUGGUUUUUUGCUUAGGACUAUGAAUUUCUUUUAAGAGUUUUCCCCUAAAUUAGAGGGGUAUUUUGUACUUUUGAAAUGUAAAAUAUAUUCACGAAAGGGAUAUUUUCAAUAAAGGAAAAUAACCAGUUAAUCCCCCAUUAAAAAAAGAAAAGUACAACUAUAUAUAGCCCUGACUUUUUAUGAAAAUGAACUUCAUAGUCCUGUAAAUGUAAGGUAUAUUCUAAACUUAACUAUGAUAUUAUUUGGUCUCAAUCAAUAUCGAGCCCUGUCCCCCUGUAAUAAAGUGUAUUAUCAACUGUGCUAGAUGCAAAGGCUUCGCCCGUAUUGGUGCUGGCUGUUCGACUCGUGGUAUAGGUUUACUUAAAUUAAUAGAAUUAUUGAUAGCAGAAAAAGUAUAGUCUAUGAAAAAAAUCGAGUUUGACAUCCGAGUUUGAUGGUACUUUACGACGCCAUGUUUUGUGGUCUUUAAACGUCAGUUACUUAGUGUUAAGCGUGGAAAGAGCAAUAAUGAUGGGCAAAGCUGAAGGCACGAGACCUCAGGGCCCUCCCCUACUAUAUGGUAUGCUCUGAUCACUGCACCUAUGGAAUUAAAACUUGGCGAGGAAUAGGACCCUAUAGAGGAACCUGGUCUUCAACAGAACAGGACAUGAUGUCACGAUCCUCAGUAUCGAGGGACUGAGGAAGAAGACGUCAGCAGUCAAAUUCGAAGCAGAAAUUUUUCUUAGACUUUACAUCUCUACUAUUAAUAACUCUGCUUAAAUUAUAUAAUGUUUAAAUUAUUCGUAUGAAUUUUUAAUGCUCGACCACUACUAGAUAUCAGUAAAAUGGCAACUCUGAUGAAAUGUAUGCUUCUAGCCCGAUCAAAGUAAUUUUUCAUACUGAUUAUUUGUAAAAUAUACAUUUUACGGGCAAAUAAUAUACCUAAAUUAUCUUUGAUUGGGUUAUAAUAUGGAAAAGUUUGCGAUAAGUUGGGAUUAUGCAGACAAUAAAUUACUUACAGAUAUCAUAGAAAUAAAAAUCGCCUUGCAAUAGUACCUUCGUAUCACCAUACACGGUAAGUGUAUUAUUAAAAUAUUUUUUGUAUUUAUUUUGUAUGUAGUAAGUGCUAAAUGUAUUGAGUGUCUGAACGUUGCCUCGAUAAAGUUAAAAUGGGACAGUUUAGAUAACUGUCAAAACUCUUAGAAAUAUUUAGAAAUUUCAAUUGUUUUAUACUUUCAAUACGUGUCAAUGCAAUUUGAACCGUAAAUGUAAUAAUAUAAGGCUUAUUGUUAGUCGAGAAGAGUGUGUAACAUGCUCACAGAGAAUUAUGUAAUCGAUAGAGUAAAGCUUCACAAGACGACUGAAGGCGUAGGUGAGGUACACAUUAGUUAAAUAAAAAAACAACGAAUUUAACAAAGAAUGGACCAAGAAUAUCUAUGAUUUUCUUAAGACAGAAGUCCUACUAAGAAUAAACAUAGUGUAUACAUUACUUUAAGUUUUUUGUCUAAUGCUUCAACGCAUUCACUGCCAGCGCGAGCUACGCGUUACGUUCGCGUAUAACACGGGAAAACCCAUAUGUAGCCAAAAGCGUCUACAAACAGAGAACCUGCCUAGCGAGUCGCUGGCUGUGAAUGUGUUAAUAAAAUCCAUAAAUUACUAGAAACUAGACUUUUGUGUAUACCUCGCCUUCGCCUGAAGUAUCCACACUAAUUAUUAUAAGGAAUGAUGUUAUUACAAUCCCUGCCAAAUACAGUGAAAUUUUACUUAGAUGAUUGCUAAGUGAAAUAUGAAUAUUAAAAUUUAGAAUUCGAAUGUAUAUGUACUUUAUUCAGAUAUGUUUAAGUGUUCCCAAACUAUGCUUUACGACGGGUGGUUAAAUAUAUAGUUCUCUUUCAAAUGUAACUUCGAGUUUUUUUACUCAGUUUACAUUGUUUGUGAACAUUUAUAAUACUGAAUGAAGUCACCUAAAACCCAACUGGAAUUGUCAAUGUCACGUUAUUUUAUUACAAAAUGAAUGUUAGAAUAUUGCUAGUGUACUUGUAUGUAUGUUCGCCUGCUUGGGGUGUUUGCAAUCGAUCAACGAACGUUGACGCUAUGGAACCGUCCCCACAAAAUACUGCCGUAACGCUUUCCAAGAUGUGUUGAAGGAUAGUACAAAAUCGGUUUUUGUUGUUAUAAGAACGUUUUACUAUAAUAACUUAUGUUGUAGUAAUGUGUUCUAACUUUACAAAAAAGGGCGUAUAUGCGUAAAAUAUAUAAUAUAUUAGAAUGAAAAGUUGUGAAAUUGUUUUUUAUUUUAUUUGUUGCCCUUGGAAUAUGUUUGUGGUCCAGUAUUUUGGGAGGGAGGGUUCAAAAAUAAUGUAAUGCACAGUAAUAUCUUUAAGAGCGUCCACUUGAUGUCAGAAGGCAUUUAUAGCAAUAAUGAGGGUUCGGGAAGGGAGUAUUGGUAGUUGGAAGUACUAACUUAUUCACUGGCAGAGAUUUUACUUUCAGUCGUCUUUUUAAAUGUAGGACUAACUGAAAUAGCGGGCUCAAUUAUGACCUGCCAUAUUGUGUCAAUAUUUUUUGUGCAACGUAUUCAUCUAUUUCCUAAUAUAGUAAAAACCUUCCCAAGUUUUUCAAUUCCAUUGGUGUUUAUAUUGUUUUCAACUUUCAUCAUUUUUACUAUAAACUAAAGCGGACUUAAUCGCGUAAAAAUAACCUGAAAAAAUGUCCAGUUUUUGCAAUAGUAACUGGUGUUAAAAUCAUAAAAUUGUUGUAGUAAUUCACCGAAUCGCAUUUCACCUCGAUCUCAUAUUUAAUUUUCGCAUUGUGUCUCAAUAGUUUUUUUUUUCUAGUGGCUAUAAGUUUUAGUCGCAUUUCACCUCGACCGUGCAUUUAAACAUCGCGUUGUGACUCAAUCGUUUAUUACUUUAGUCGCAUUUCACCUCGAUCGUGUAUUGUAUUGGCGACGUGAUUCAACGCAACGUCAACGUCACAUAGAUAAAAUUUUAAUGAGUUUGAUAGCACUUGAGGCUUAAUCCUACAAGUACAAAACGUGUUUAAAAAAACACUUAAUUUUAGUGCAAGCAUCAAAUUAACGUAUCAAGUUAAAUAGAGUCCUAAACAAACGUCGAUCGCGGCGAAAUGCCUCUUCGGUAACAUACUACACGAAAAAUUAAAUACUACAAAUUAAUUAUACUAAUGUCAAAGGCUACGGGAAAAAGUGCGUCAAGUAAAAAAAUCCAGUGAUAUUUUUUUCAUUCAAGGUGAAAUGCGAUUCGGUGAAUUACUACAACAAUUUUAUGCUUUUGGGAUACAGGUCUAACAAAUCUUAAAAUCUCCUUUCGCACAUCUUCCAACGCUCCUUUCCCGAUGUCAUAAGUAUAAUACCACAAUUCGCCUGAUGAUCGCUGCUACUGCCAAUACUUAUCGAUGUUAUCAUUAUAACGCCUGCUGUUUUAUACUUUAUACAUUAUGAAUAAGACCUUAAAUGCAGGAAGGUAUCAUUGUUGUAAAGGUACUAACUAAGCCAGUCGAUGAAAGAGUUGGAACGUAAUCUUAAUAUUUUCAUACUCAUAUGUAGUCAGCUCUCACGAAUCGAUCGGUACAACUGUACUACCCCUUUUCCAGGCCGCGCCAAUCCACAUGGAUUUCCCAAAAUCUAAAUGUAUUCCAAUUCAUCCAGCUUUGAUGAUACAUUUGAAGACAAGUCACAUUUCUCGAAUUUCAGAUUUGAACCUUAAAUAGGAAUGCUAAAGUUGAAACUCUAUUGGCGCGUAUGUGGUCGAUAAAUCGUACUGUGCCUGGAAAAGGUAUGAAUCUUUAUGUUAAUGAUGGCAAAAGAAUUGUAGGUAUCUUUUAACCCUUUUCCAGGCAUAGUACGAUUUAUCGACCACAUACGCAACAUUUGGAUUUCAACUUUAGCAUUCCGAUUUAAGGUUCAAAUUAGAUUACACUUUCAGGAAAUGUUACUUGUCUUCAAAUGAAUCAUCAAAGCUGGAUUAAUUGGAAUAUAUUUGGAUUUUUUGGGAAAACCUUGUAGAUUGGUGCGGCCUGGAAAAGGGAUACCUAUGUUUAUAUCCCAGAUUAUAUGAUAGUUCGAUUGCUCCAAUAUGGCUAACCGAUCUGUCCUUUUACUUCAAAAUUACGAUGUGUUAGUAAAAUGGCCAAUCUAACUGCAGGGCUAAUAUGGACGGUUUCUUAUCACUUGUCACUUUCGCACUGACAUACGUGACAGGCAUAGUGACAAGUGAUAAAAAUGCGACCGUGCUACAGCCGUUCAAGUUUAUUUUGCCAUGUUUGACUGGCCAGAUUCGUUUAUAAGUGGGCGGAUUUUUAUUUUGCCAGUUUUCGAUAAAAUUUGGUCUAAAAAUAAUUCCCUAUUCCGUAAAAUUAAAGUUCAAUUUCACCGUAUGUCCUAAAAAAAACUUCCAGUGAGUUAAGAAAAUGUAUGGUAUUUUCGUAACUCAAAGGAAAUACAAACUUUUUUUUCGGGACAGGUUGUGAUUUCGUAUCCCGGUAAGAAUGAAGAGUUCUUCAAACCGAUCAAAUUUUAUCCAAAUCUAAGGAAUAAAUUAAUUCGACAACAAUAUUGGAUAAAAAAUACAUAAAACUUCCUCAUAUGUAUAAGUGUUGUGCAGGCUUGUAAGUGAGCGCGGUUGGCGUCUGUUGUGUGGUUUCCUAUAGCUGUAGCUAGCGUACGAGUAGGUAGGGUAAGUGGUUAUGCCGUACGGCACACACGAUGUAAUGGAUGAAAAGACAGCAGAAAUAUACAGAUUUGCAAUA